AUGGCUUCAUCUUCUUCUCAACCAGAAGGUUUAUCGGAAGAGGAUUACGACUUGAUCCAUGGCUCUGAAUCUGGUUGGGUCGAUGCUAGAACUUCAUGCCACCAUCUCCAUUCCUUAUCCACUGAUCUCGCCCACAUUCCAACCCCUAAUACUCCCUGCAACAGGUGCCAUCAUCCGAAUGAAAACUGGCUGUGUUUGUCAUGUAAAGACGUGCUCUGUGGCCGUUUUGUGAACAGACAUAUGCUCCACCAUUUUCGCGAAACUAAUCAUAGCGUGGCCCUCAGUUUCAGUGAUCUGUCGGUAUGGUGCUUCUCAUGUGACGCGUACUUGGAUGCUCAUGUUAUUCAGCAAUUGCGCCCUGUUCAUGAAGUGGCCUAUGUAUUGAAAUUCGGCGAGCUUCCACCAGUUGGAGCAAGCUAA